AUGGAGGCUAAAAAAGCAAGAAAACCUAGAAAACCAAAUUUCUCCACAGCUGAAUGCAAUUUAAUAUUGCAAUUAGCCGAGGAAAAUAUAGAGACUAUAAGAGAAAAGUUCUCAAACACAUUAACUAACCAAAAAAAAAAAGCAGUUUGGCGGUCUAUUUGUAAUAAAGUGAACGCACUAGGCGUCGCUUUGCGCUCGGAGACUGAUGUUCGCGAGAAAUGGCGAGCAAUGUGUGGAGUGGCUCAGAAAGAAAUGGGAAAAGAAAGGCAAUCGAUAGAAAAAACGGGAGGAGGAAGACCGGCUGCACCGCCCACUUCAACAAGCCAAAGGAUAAUUGAGAUUUUUGGUGAUGAGCCUGGAUUUUCGGGUAUCCAAGGUGGUAUCGAGUCAGGAACCAGUUUUACCCCUGAGCCAGAAAGUUUCACAGUUGAUAGUUUUGAUAGUGUUGGUGAAGAGGCAAUACUUCAAGGUGAGACAGUAGAAGUUGAGGUGGAAGUCACUAGUCUUUCUAGUGAAAGUACCACUCCCAAGUCCUCAGAUCAUCCUGCUUUUGGGGGGCCGAGGAAAAAGAGAAAGAUAACUAACCAAGAUGUGCAAUCAAUGCAUAUUGAUGUGCUCCAGUUGGAGAAAAGAAAGAUAGAGUUAGAGGUGGAAAACCUAGAGUUAACAAAAAUAAAGCUACAACUGGAGAUAGAGGAACUCAAAGCAAGGGUUACUAAUUUGCAUUAAUUUCUUACAUUGCUCUCACAUCAGGUCAUUCAACCACCUCAAAG